UUUAUCUAUCUCCAUGGAGCUUCAGUGCCUCACAGUUCAGAACAACCAUCGCCGCCCUGAAACCCUAACCCUAAGACAAUAUGGGAUCAAUCAGCAUCCUUCUCGUCGGAAAAGUCCUUCCAUAUCUCGAACAAGAGCUCGACAAGCGCUACAACCUCUUCCGCGCUAUCGAUCCAUCGCAGAGGGCCGCCGUGCUCCGCGACCAUGCCUCCUCCAUACGCGCCGUCGUAGCCAGCUCCAGCGGCGGACCCGAUGCGGCGCUCAUCGAGGCGCUGCCCAAGCUGGAGAUUGUUUCGAGCUUCAGCGUCGGCGUGGAUAGGAUCGAUCUCCAGAAGUGCAAGGAGAAAGGGGUUAGGGUUACGAACACUCCCGAUGUUUUGACCGAUGAGGUUGCGGAUUUGACGAUCGGGUUGAUUCUUGCGGUACUGAGGCGGAUCUGCGAGUGCGAUCGAUACGUGAGGAGCGGGAAUUGGAAAAAAGGUGACUACAAGUUGACUACUAAGUUCUCUGGCAAAACCCUCGGCAUUCUUGGGUUGGGAAGAAUUGGCGCAGCAGUUGCCAAGAGAGCUGAAGGAUUCGACUGUUCAAUAUGUUAUUACUCCAGAAAUGAAAAACCAGAUUCGAAGUACAAGUACUAUCCAAGUGUUGUUGAGUUAGCCUCCAACUGUGAUGUACUGGUUGUUGCCUGCCCUCUUACGCCGGAAACCCAUCACAUAAUCAACCGGGAGGUGAUAAAUGCUCUCGGUCCAAAGGGUGUUCUGAUCAACAUUGGGCGAGGCAAGCACGUUGAUGAGCCGGAGCUUGUGUCUGCACUGCUUGAAGGUCGCCUAGGAGGAGCUGGGCUAGAUGUGUUCGAGAAAGAGCCUCAUGUCCCCGAAGAGCUGUUUGGGCUUGAAAAUGUUGUUUUGCUGCCUCAUGUUGGAAGCGCCACAGUUGAAACUCGGACUGCAAUGGCUGACCUUGUCCUUGACAAUCUGGAGGCUCACUUCCUCGGAAAGCCCCUCUUAACCCCAUUGGUUUAAUUUGAUGCCAUCUAUUGAACUAUCAAAAUAACUUUGAUGCGCCUUCAUUUGGCUACAAUAAUUUUUUCAGACGUUAAACAUUGAUGAUUGUGGGAGCAUUGUUGAGCGUAUUGCUUGUUACUUCGGGCUGUAUGCUCGAGUUUGUUAAGAUCGUAGCAAUAGAAUUCGGAAUUCCACUUAGGACU